GGCAGAUACACCGUCUGGCACUGUAUCGGGAACGAAGGAAGUUUGAUCCUCUCUGGACGCCGUACAAAUGCCACGGUUCCCAUGGCGACGAAGACGUUUUUACUUAGGUGUAUUCGGUAGCUGUGUGGGCUUCGUCUUUACAUUGAUUGACCCGGGCAGGAGCGAUGGUGGGAGGAUUUUAGAAUGUUCUAACUGAAUAAUGUCUUCAUCGUUUAGAGGUGGGCUCAGGGCUACCAACCAAAGGACCAAAGCUACACCAUCUGCUUCUGCCACGAGCUCUACAAAUACAGCUAGUUCAGCCCGCCCAAGGCCAAGUGACAAGCUUAAUCCUAAAACAAUAGACCCAUUUGCAGAGCCUCGACGAUCUCCAUCUGCCUUUUCUGCUGUAUAUUCUAGAGGGGGGAUUCCAUGCAGGCUGGUUCACGGCUCAGUAAAACACAAUUUGCAAUGGGAACGUCUUCCGGAAACCAUUCCAUUCGAUCCUUUGCUCAUUACCUUGGCUGAGGGACUUAAGGAAACAAGGCAUCCCUACACUUUUGUUUCGCAAGAAGGAUUUAAGGAGUUAUUAAUGGUCCCUGGAGCUAAAGAAAAAGUACUGCCGAUUUUACCAAAAGUGACAGCUGCUCUUAAAGGAGCCUUGGUAUGUAUCCAACAACAGGCCUUUGCCCUUGCCUACCCCAAUGCCUAAUGGUCAUAUGUUUAUUGAAAUAUUUACCAUUAGCUAAUUAGAUUCUGCUUUCUAACAGGCACCUGAUAAAGCAUUUUUCGUAUUGCUGUGGCAUAUUGCUGACAAGGUCUGCUGUUCUCUGACCGGAAGUAGAGACAGCCAUUACAGGAUAUACUAUUUUAUUAUUAAAAUAGAUAAAAAAGAAAAGAAAUAAUUAAAAAAAAAUAGAAUUGAUUAAAAAUGGACUACAAGGGAGAUGGCUGCAGUUUCUGCAUGACAGGUUUCUGAAUAUGGGAUUGCAAAAGCUAAGAAUUAUGGGAAGGCCAUCUUCCAAUAAAGUCCAUUUUAUUCAAAUAAUUCACAUUUUUAAAAAUGAUUUCCUUUUUCUCUGUAAUAAUAAAACAGAACCUUGUUGGGUUUAAUUAAUAUUUAAAUUAUUUUUGUAGUAGACAAAGUAUGGUGAUCCAAAUUACAGGGCCUUCCUGUAAUUCGGAGCUUUCUGGAUAACGGGUUUCCAGAUAACUGAUGCCAUACCUGUAUUUACCGCUUGGAUAAAUGUGUCUGUUCAUUAAAAUGUGUUUAACGUGUUUUACUUUUUAAAGCAGUCAAACUCCAUUUUGUGCUGUGAAGUGUUAGAGCACAUCAGCUCUAACAUCUAUCAAAACGUGAAACCCAGGGAAAAUAAUGAUUAUUUUCUUAAAAUCCACACGGUGUGAGUUAGUGUUGUCUUCAGUAAACAUAGAACCUGAGUAUUGAAGCCUAAACCAAGCAUGCUAACACAGAGUUGGGCGGGCCAAGUAAGAGAACAUGGAAGCAAAGAUCUGCUGUAUCAAUGUGUCAGGUUAUUAUGUAAAAUCACAUUUCCUCCUACAUUUGUCUUUUGCUGCUAGGCGCACUCGGAUGGCAGUGUGUUUGAAAGAGGCUUGAAUGCGUUGGUACAGUUAAGCGCGAUUGUUGGGCCAUCACUGAAUAUUCACCUGAAGCAGCUUCUUACCAGCGUAUGUAUAAAUGCUCCUAGCCGUGUUUAGUUAACUGCUCACCAUUCUUAGUCCAGCAUCCAUCAGGACUGGUUUGUAGAGUGCGUUGAUCUCACAUGCGGUGCAGUUUCUAAAGAAAGAUUCUAUGUACUAUCCAGUUUGGUUAAUAGCACAUGGGGCAUUUUCCCGCUGGCAGAGAUCACCUGAAACCCACCCAGCAGUGACAAAUGAUUGCUGAGAUGUCAAAAUGAAGACAAAGCUAAAAAAAAAAGGACACAAAUCUGACUCAUAAACCUGUUAUAAGGAUAUGGCAGUGACACAAUUAUACAGUGCUGUUUAAAUACAUUCAUUUUCUUGUCCGAUAGAUUUCUAAAAGGUUGAUGGAGAAAACUUAUAAAGAACAGAUCACUGCUGCGCUGCAGGAACUGGAACAGUAUGGAGGGAAGGUCUGUAAGCUGCAUUAUUUAUUGUCUGCUUUUCAGUGGUGUGUUGUAUCUUCCAUAAUAUAGUUGUACCAUUAGUCAAUAUCUCUAAAAAUUGUUGCAAGAAGUAGUAAAACUAUCGUAACGCAAACAAAUUUGGUUGUUGGCUGCCACUGAGUGAUCAGGCUGCCAUGUUGGGCAGAUGUUUUAUUAGACAUGAGUGAUGCGAGUGGGUGCAGGUAUAGAGUCAGUGCAAAUAGCAGAUCCAGAGGGUAAAUGGCUGCAAAGGAAAGGUGGCAAUUUCUUAAUGCAGUCUUAACUCUCACCCCACUCAAAAACUGACCGUUAUUUACAGGCAGUAGGAUUUUUUUUUCAUUUAUGUGUCAAAAUUCUAUAGAACACAGGCAACAGAUGUAGCUUUCAUUUUAAAAGUGUAGAUGGUGAUGUUUUUAAUUACAGUGACUUAGUGGUUAGCAAUUCUGCCUUGCAGCGCUGGGGCCCUGACUUCUCUUCUGGCCAGCGCAAUAUCUGCAACUGUGUUAUCCCCAUGUUGGGAUCCCUCAGGGUACUCAUGUUUCCCCUCACUCCAAAUACACACAAGCUCCUUAUAAAACUGACCAUAGCUUGUGGGUAUGUGAUAGGGACCUUUAGACUGUAAGCUCCAUUGGGGCAGUGACUGCUAAAUAAUCUCUGUAAGGCGCUGUGUAAUUAUCAGCACUAUUUAAGAAACAAAAUACAAAAGUGAAUACUUUCCAAAAAGAAGGACUAAUAUCUGAUACCUAGACCUUUAGCCCACACCCAGCCAUAGCAAGUUGUCUGAACAUACUCCAUACUGGGACUGUUUCAAUAUACACAGCUACAAAGGUGUUAUAUCAGAUGUAUGAAAUAUUAUACAGUGGAUUUGUUGCUUAAACUGUGAAAUCUUUUAAAUAUGUUUAUGAGAAUGUCUAAAUAGUGUUGUUUAUAUCAUAACUAACACUAAUACUACAUUUGACCCUCUUGUUUCCCCAUAUUACUCAUUUGCUCUCUUUUCUUUUCUGAAGGAAAGCCUUGGAAUAAUUAAAUCAAAAAUCCCAACGUACUGUUCCACCUGUAGCUGAAGAUUCUAUGGAUUCUAGAACAUUUGGACAUGAUGAAAUGUUAAAUACUUUAGACCAAUUGUGUUGAGCCGUUUUCAUCAGAUUUGCUUGCUCCAUGCUGCAAAUGACAUGACUACAUCAUGAAAAUCUGUAGUUAUGAGAGUGACCUCCAUAUUAUUUUAAUUUGAUGUGAAUAACUGAAAAAAUAAAAUUAAUAUUUUUCACUA